GACAGGUUGGCAACAACCCCUGGCUGACGGACGUUGUUCGCGUUCUGUUGUGUAGUUCGGGCGUUCGGGUUUAUCUCACCGUUUGUUUUUAUGCCUGUAAUAUGAAGACCCGUCGCUUCUGAUAAGCGCGUUCCCGACACUGUUGACAAGCUGUCGGACCGUUCGUAAUGUAACUGUAGAUACUGUCGUCCGCCAGCGAAAAAAAACGCUGCCGAUCGCAACUUCGACGCAGCGACGUCUGCUACGUCGCAUGUGAUGUGAAGUUCACUCGAGAAAAGAACCUAGAAGUCGCAACCAACAUGCUAGCCAUCGUGAGAGGCGGCUGGAACCUGCUCGAGGUCCUGAACCAGCGCAUCGAGAAUGGGACCCAGCGUUGCGAGGGCAUGCUGGUGCUCCUCAACCAAGUGCUCUUCUUCCUUCUGUGUGACCGCGUCUUUUGUCCGCACGACCCGCUCACUGGACUCUACUCUCUUCUCUUCUACAACAUAAUCUGUUAUCUGCUCCACUACAUCAACAACGUCCUCAGCCUUCCCAGCUACUCCCCCUACGUCCACGUCUCGGACCAGUCCAGGGUGCGCCACCUCGCCAUGACCGUGACCAAGGUCGUGCUGGACCUCACCAAGGGCGUGACGUUCAUCAUCACGGGCGUCUUCAUGCUGCUCGUCUUCGGACUCGAGCAGGGACUGGAGCACUUCAGUCCGACGUGGCCGUACGUGCUGCUCACGGUCGCCUACUUUGCGCUCACGGAGCGCGCCUGCCAGGAGAAGAUUCCGUGGCUGCUGUCGCGGAUGAACCUGGAGAUACUGGAGAACCUGGAGACGCUCUGGACGCCGGUGCUGUGCCGGCUCGCGACGUCGAUGGCGUCGUUGCUGGCGGUCGUCGCGGUGACGUUCUGGUGCAUCGUGAAGAGCAGCUGGGGGCUGGGGCUGGCAGCGAGCUACGUCAACGUCUACCUGGGCCUGCGGAUGAUGGACCGCCACCUGAAGGUUCUCCUGCAGGAGAUGGGGCGGGUCAGGAAGUUCCGCUUUGCGACCAAGCAGGAACUGUCCGGCCUCAACGACGUCUGUGCCGUGUGCCUGCAGAAGAUGACGACCGCGCGGGUGACGCCCUGCAGGCACACGUUUCACGGAGAUUGCCUGCGGCGUUGCCUCAAGGACUGGGGGACGUGCCCCAUGUGCAAACGAUCGCUGUAAGCUCGUUUCGAGCGUGGUAAGCGCUUUUAGUGCUCGUAGAACAAAAAAGACCCUUUGGCGCGUGUGUUUGCAAAAGUAUGAGAGCGAUCUAUGUGACAGGCUGUGACGGUUUGAGCACCUGACGACGAGAUGUGAAGCUGAUAAGUGCAACUACUAUCUAUUUUGAGCGGUUGGCAUCAAGGUUGCCAGGUCAAAAUCCUUAAAUCUCCAACUUCGUCAUGAGAGACAGUAGCCAAUUUCCCGUGUUAGUAGGCAAUUCUGUAGCCAGUAGUGUGAAUUUGGGUCUUUAACGAGCGCGAACAGCCAGCACACAAACGGAACGGUCCGAAGAACGUCGUACCGUCCGAGACGAUCGACAAAAACUACCCCGGUUUAGGAUUGUCAAGUGUAGAGCGAAGAAGUAUCCGCAAAAGUAGCCAGAAAAUAGCCAAGUCGCCAUUGCCCAAAGUUUGGCGCCACGACAAUCAGAAAGGCAACCCUGGCAAAUAAAAUGUCCUAUGUCCCAUUGCUACAAUCAAAUAGCAGGGACUGAAACCGGAAACCAUUUCGAACCGUAACCGGUACAUAACCGGAAAUUCUGGUCACCCACAAACCGUAAUCGGAACGGAAAAAAAAAUUUCCGGUUACCGGUUCGUAACAAAACGGUUCACACGUAGAAGCGUGAUAGUUUUUUCCGUCGCGUCGUGGUUCGGCGUCACACCACGCUCACGCGUCAGCUUGGACAGUCGCACGGGAACAAACAUGAUGAGACAAGGCUCGAUUACACUGUACGAUAAGCCAGACACAUUCUGUGUUACCCAAUGUUAGUCAGCAUGAUCAAGCUUGCUUAAUUUUUUAACGAUUUUUUAUGAGAAUUUUCCCGACCAACCUUCCAGUGACGUGCCGAAUAAGAUGCACAGAUCUGGCGUCUCAUUAUUAAAAAAACAUAAAACGUACAAUAUCUUAUUUUUAGCGAAAAUGUACGACACUAUUCAUGUUGAGUUGCUGAGCGGUCGUCCCACUUCGCGGAGCAGAAAUACUGGCUCAAGACGCCUGAAUGUUAAUACGACAUGAACCGGUUUCCUUAUUUUCCGAUUACCCGUAACCGGACCCUUUGCAGAGUUCGAGAGGUGAACCGUAACCCAACUGACAUCUCUUUCGGUUUCAUUCCCUGUUGAAUUUUUGCUUCAUAUUUUCGCCACCAGGUGCUCAUAUCUUGUCCAAGACUACCGCUUGUGUAUUGUAAGCAAGUAUGAUUGGUGCUGUAUGAUAUUUUGUAAAAUCCUCGAGGAUGGAAGUGAUCUGAUAUUGCGCGCAAUGUAUGAAACGACUGUUUUCAAUCCCAGUAGAUUCUGCAAUGUCAUGUUCCGCAUGUCAGCCAUGAUGAAAAAUAUGAAACAUAGCCAUCAGGACAGUGCAAUCUAAAAUCGACAUGAUGCUUAACAUAACUCUUAACUUAAGACCGGCAUAGCGUUGUGAUGUAGCUGACAUAAGCAAAAUAAUGGCAAUUCCUGAAGAGCAUUCAAAGUUACUGUCCCAACAUGACCACCUGCGGAUGUUGGUCAAGUCCUAGAUGGACAGCAAGAAGGACAUUGUUAACUGGGAAAGAAAUAUGGGAUGCUGGACGGGUGAUUGUUUUUAUUCUAUUCCCAUUUUUUCGUUAAAAAAUCUACGAGAAUGGCACAAGUAUUGUUUUGCAGAUCGGUUAUGUAGCCGGGCAAACAUUCUGUGCAGGAGGCCAAAUGAGUAACGAUCUGAAAUUUAUUAAUCAACUCGUUAAUUAGAGAUUCAAUUAAUUAAUGGACUCCAGCCAAAUCAGAAACCAAAUGACGAAUAAAAACCAAGAAGUGCUGGAAAGUUCUCGGAUUUUUUUUAAAAAGCUGCUCGAAACAAUGAUCACCUCCAAUUGCACAGCCCAAAAUGUGCCUGAGGACCUCCAAUUAAAAAGUCUGUUGAUCGAGCGUAGGUAAUUAGUCAUCUGGUAGUUACAUAUCUGCUGAAAUGUGCACCGAAUAAAAACAAACACCUUAGGUAAGCAGCUACAGAAGUACUUCAUCUUCCUAGUCUCAGGUUCGCAAGCUUCAGAGGGUACCCAGGUUGGCAGCUGUAAAGUGGUACUGCGUUUUUAUUUGUCAACGCCACACAUACUCCGUUUUUUUUUUUUUUGCUUUGAAAUAUUACUCGAGUUCUGACUGUGCUGGUGUUAGUACAAGGUACGCUGUGUGCAGGUUAGUCCGGCAACGCUAGAUAAUACAGACAGCAGAACAGCACAGUGCAGUGAGGUAUGUGCUACAAGUACUGAGUACACUGCCUGAAAAGUAUCACUGUUCUUUGUUACUCCGUUUGUACUCUGUGCCGCGGUGUUGUAGAGUGUGUAUUACGGUACCAUUGCACAGUACUGUACAACAGAGGAUUCAGUAGUUCAAUACGGUACUGGGUACACUGUUCCAAAGUAGUCAAUAUUCUGUGUUGCACUUGUAGCUUGUACACAGUAUGAUUUUAUAGUAGACUUAAGUGCACUGAACAAUGGGUGCUGUAUGGUAAACAAAGUACCUACAGUACAGUAGACUGUUAUCUUCUGUUACUCCCUCCAAUGACUCAAUGUCCUGUGUUUGACACUAGGUGGUAGAUAUGCUAUGCCCUUGUGAUAAUCAUUAAGUGUGGCAUUGUGAUAACUUGGUGCGGCAACCACUUUUAAUACGAUUGGCGAACCACCUUUUUUUGCAAUUGUACGAGUGGAUUUUAUUAAACGACAAUUUUAUUUUGAAUUUGCAUAUCACGAAGAGUAUCCCCAACCGAAUGUGUUCAUGAUACAUCUUAAAGAUGAACUGCAGUCAACAUCGAUGUGUCUCUAUCUUAACUUGCGUAACAUAGAUUGUUGCAAACAUUUAUACCAGAACUUUUUUUUUUUUUUUUUGUUACUCUCGUAUAGCAACUGUUUUAUGAAAUUUGUCGUAAUAUUCCAUAUCUUAAAACGUCUUUAAAUGGCGACCUCUUUCGAGCUCAGCUGCAUGUUUUCUUGUAUAUGACACAGCACUUUUUUGCAGAUUGCAGUUGAGAUUUAACAAAAUGCUCGUUGACAAUCUCUAGCUCAUAUUCUAGUCCACGGUGCCUGUCCAGCCAAAUUGUAGCUGGAUUUUGGAAGUGUCAACUUAAAAGCGAAUAUUUUAGCCAACAUAUGCUCGAGUUUGCUGUUGAUGUGUGUUUGCGUGCGGCGGAAGGCUGCGGAUGGAAGUUGUCGUAGUUGCUGGUUGUGUAACUCUGCAUUAUUUAUUGUUAAUUAGAAGGUUCACAACCUAUUUUUUUUUUUUUUUUUUAGCUAGCAGUUGUGCUGCCUUGAAUAAAUUAGGAUUUGUGGUUGGA